AUGCGAGGCGAAAACGCGGAGGAGGAUUACAUCGACGUCUACGCAUCGUCUCGCGCCAGACGAGUCGCACGCCACGCGAAAGCGGCGUCGACGACGCUCGAGAGUCAACGACGCGAAAGGCAUUUGCUCCUCGAGGCGGUGACGCAGCAAAAAGAGCUGUUGGAUGUGGAACAGAAACGCGCGGACGACGCGGAGGAUGAGCUGGAGAAAGUCACCGCCCAGGCGGACGCGUUGUCGAAGAAAUUGGACGAUUUGAUGUCGACGUUCAUGUCGAGGAAACUGUUGGAGAGAACGUGCGAGACGCCGACGCCGUCGUCCUCCGUUGCGGCGACCUCGACACUGCAGCUUGAAAACGAGCGCUUGAAAAGAGAAAUGUACGACAUGGAGAAACGCCACGCGGCGGAAAUUGCUGAUCUUCGCGCUGAUCUUCGUGCUGAUAAGCCGAAUGCGCUCACGGCGGAGGAACGAAGGCGAUUGUUGACGGAAAUCGCCGAGGCGCGGAAAGAGAUUGCAGUCGCGAAAGAAGCGCGCGCGAAGGCGCUUUCGGAAGCCAUCGACCUACGUACGAAAUUAGAAUCUUUAGGAGCGGCGGCGAGUGUGAACGGUGUGAGUGGCGCGAACAAUGCUUUCACACCGGCGGCGAGUGUGAACGGUGUGAGUGGCGCGAACAAUGCUUCCACACCGCCUAAAACCCCCGAGUGGGCAAACAUAGACUGGGACGCGGCGCACGCAGAGAUGGAUUCCAUCAAGGCGGAGAAACAGCGCAUCACGCCAAAGUUAGAUAGUGGGAAACUACCCUCAUUAGAAGAAGAAAUAGAUUGGGAAGCCGCCUACUCGGAUAUCGACGCGACGCGUGCGCGACGGAAAAUAUUAUCAUAA